CAGGUUGACCUCGGUACUGCACCGACCACAACCGUGAGAAGGAGGCGUGUGACAGCCCCGCAGCGCUCCGCUACCACCGUCCUCGGCUGCCUCGAAACAAACCCCAGUGUGUGUUGGUGCUCAGUAAAACAGGUACACGGUGACAUUUCAGCAGCCGUGCCACGCCGCGCCCCCACCCCGAGCGGAGCCGUCAUGUGGCAGGAGGCCCGCAAACAUGAGCGCAAGCUCCGUGGCAUGAUGGUGGAUUACAAACGCCGAGGCGAGCGCCGGCGCGAGUACUACGAGAAGAUAAAAAAAGAUCCAGCUCAGUUUCUUCAGGUUCAUGGCCGAGCCUACAAGAUCCACCUGGAUCCCGCUGUGGCCUUGGCUGCAGAGAGCCCCAUCAACAUGAUGCCGUGGCAGGGAGAUGCCAACAACAUGAUUGACCGGUUUGAUGUGAGGGCUCACCUGGACUACAUCCCCACAUACACACCUCCACUGCUCAGCACAUCCACCCCAGAGCAGGAGAUGGAGGAGAGGAAGUGCAAUUAUGAACGCUACAGAGGCCUCGUCCAGAAUGACUUUGCCAACAUCUCUGAGGAGCAGUGUUUAUACCAGAUCUACCUGGAUGAGCUCUACGGUGGCCUGCAGAAACCAAAUGAGGAUGAGAAGAAAAAACUGGCUGAAAAAAAGGCAACCAUUGGUUACACCUAUGAAGACAGCACUGUGACAGAGCCCGACCCGCAGUCAGACAAAGAUGAAGACAACUCAGAGAACAGUGAAUCCGAGGAGGACGAGGGCAUCCCAGAUAUCGACGUGGAGGUCGACGUUGAUGAGCUGAACCAGGAACAAGUGUUGGACCUGAACAAAAUGGCAACCCCGUAUGGAAUGGCUGAAGGAGACUUUGUCAGGAUGUUACGGAAAGACAAGGAGGAAGUGGAGGCCAUCAAACAUGCCAAAGCUCUGGAGGCGGAGAAGGCCAUGUACUCUGGCCGGCGCUCUCGAAGACAAAGGAGAGAGUUCAGAGAGAAGAGGCUAAAAGGUAGACAGAUCAGCCCACCAAGCUAUGCCAGGAGAGACUCCCCGACAUACGAUCCCUACAAGCGGCCGGAAUCAGAGUCGAGCUCUGAGUCGCGGUCGCGCUCUCGUUCCCCCGGCCCAGAGAAGAUCACCUUCAUCACGAGCUUCGGAGGCAGCGACGAGGAAGCUGCAGCAGCGACACAAACAGCCGCUCCUCACUCUGGCCACGCUCCCCCCUUGCAGCACCCUGCAGGUCAUAGCAGGGGCUCCCGGAGACGAAAGUCAUCCUCCAGUCGCUCCCCUUCCUCCUCCUCACGCUCCUCAUCUCGGUCAUCCUCACGGUCAUCUUCACGUUCACGCCGUGCCCGACGUGGACGAGGGGGGAGGGAUGGGCGGCGAUCCCGGACCCGAUCGCGGUCGAGGCGGCGUUCCAGAUCUCACUCUCGGGGUAGAGGAGGGAACGGAUCCUCCGGAUCCUGGAGGAGACGAGACCGGACGCGAUCACGCUCUAACGAUCGAGACAGGGAGCGAGAGAGGGACAGAGACCGGGACAGGCGACGAUACUCUGCACGCCGACGAACAAGGUCCCGCUCCAGCUCACGGCAGGGGGGCAGCUCGAGACGAGGGGGUCGCAGUAGCGGAGGCCACCGGCGGGGAGACAGCGACAGCCACAGCCACAGUCCCUCUCGGUCCCCCAGCCGCACUAAUCACAGUCCCUCCCCUGCUCACAGAGGAGUCCAGCCCUCUUCCACCACCAUCUGUGACAAGCUAAGAAAGCCUGAUACUCCGGGUGGUAAAGAGACGGGAGCUGCCAAACCCAAGAUGACCCCUCAGGAGCGUCUGAAGCUACGAAUGCAGAAGGCCCUCAACAAGCAGUCCAAGGCGGAUAAAAAAGCAGCUCAGGUGAAGAUCCAGCAGCAGGAACACAAACGACAGGAGCGAGAGGGAGAGCUGCGAGCCAUGGCACGCAAAAUACGAAUGAAGGAGCGUGAGAGACGCGAGAAAGAGAGAGAUGAAUGGGAAAGACAGUACGGCCGACAGAGCCACUCGCCUUCGCCUUCUCCUUCCAAACAUGGCCGAGAACACAGCUCAUACAGAAGGAGGUCACGGUCUAGAUCACGGAGUCCACACUACCGAUACUAAGCUGUGGAAAAUGUGGACGCAUCAAACAGAUCCUUCAGCACAGUACUUUGUCACCGGCACACACACUGUCUGGCUAUUACAUGGAAAUAUGAAGAGAUGGACUGACUGUCUGUUGGCUAAUAAACCAACUCACACACCCUAAACCUGAACACUAUGUUCUCUGGGCACAAUCUAACAGUUUGGCUGUGAUAACUUGGUUUCUCUAAUCACACAGCCGAUUGGUUCAGCCGAGCAGAGUUUGAUCUGGCCUUUUCAUUUCUGCUUCAUCGUGUAAAGAGACUGUAGUUUUAUUAAACGACUUUCUUCUGCAUGCUCCUUUCUCUGCCUGAACAGUUCUUCUAAGCGUUGACUCGUCUGGAGACGUUGGUUUGUGUUUGAUAAUAAGCAAUAUCUCAAAUUUUACCUCACAUCUCUCUCCCUGUCAGACUUGUACUUUGCUCUCACACUAAAUACCAUUUGACUUUCAUGGACUGAUGUACAGCAUAUUUAUACAAACAUCCAUUUGAAAACGUCUUUAUUAAAUCAGAUGCAAACAAAGUUCACAUAUGAAUUCAAUCAAUCGACUUCUUUUUUUAUACUCUGUCUUCUGCCAGCCGGUUAACAGCAGCAAAUAACUUUUUGUUCUCCGUAACAUGGAAUGUUGAAUACAGAACAACAAAUAAAAAUACUUUGAAAU